AACAACACAACAUAUAGAUAUUAAAAUAAAUACAAAUAAUUACAUAGUUUAUGUAUUUACUUGGAAAACAUGUCUACAAUUGAACGUCUUACGAUUCAGGGUAUUAGAAGUUUUGGCGGAAAUGCUGGUGAUAGUCAGAUGAUAAGUUUUACCUCACCGGUAACCUUGAUAUUGGGUGAAAAUGGAUGUGGCAAAACAACUGUCAUUGAAUGUCUAAAGUACGCCUUGACCGGAGAAUGUCCACCGGGCAGUGAUCGUGGCAAGUACUUUGUUCACGACCCCAAAAUAUUUGGUCUAACCGAUGUCUUGGGACAAAUCAAGCUGGAGGUUCGUAAUGUUAAGGGUGCUCGUCUCUCAAUAUGCCGCUCCAUGAAAUUGGGUAUACGUCGCGGCAAAAUAUCUUUUGAAACCCUGGAUGCUACGCUGAAUUAUUUAAACGAUGAUGAUGGAAAAAAGACAAAUGAAUCGAUAUCGAAACGUUGUGCCGAUGUUGAUUUGGUUGUAUCACAAUUUAUGGGUGUCUCUAAGGCAAUCAUCAAUAAUGUCCUGUUGUGCCAUCAAGAAGAUUCCAGUUGGCCAUUGGAUGAACCGAAAAAGUUGAAGGAGAAAUUCGAUGCGAUUUUUGGCAUAUCCGAAUACAACAAAGCGCUGGAUCGUAUUAUUAAAAUGCGUAAAGAGGAAUUGGAUAUAUUAAAAGUUAAAGAGGCCGAUUUACGUUUGGAAGAACAUCUAAAAGUCGAAAUGGAGGAGAAAACAUUGAGUUUACAAAAAUGUCAAGAGAAAGCUAAAACAAUCGAAGAACAAUGCAAACAGUGUGAAGAAGAAAUGGUUCCCAUUGAAGAACGUUUGCAACAGAUUCACAAAAUUGAAGCCGAAAUGAGUAAAUUACAGGCACAAAAAAUUGAACUACAAACUAAACAAAAAAAUUGUCAGGAUCAAAUGAACAAUUUAAAGAAGAAAAUUAAAACUAUGUUCGAAGGAACCUUAGAAGAGUUAGAUUCUGAAAUCGGUAACUUUGGACAACGUAUGUCGGAAAAACGUUUGGAAAGACGUGAAGUGGAGGGCAAACUCAAUUCUAUAAAGAAAGAGGAAAAAAGCUUACAAAAUCGCCACAAUGACGUCGACAAGAAACGUGUUGUUGCCAUACAACAAAAACAAAAGGAAAGUGAUUGCAAGGAGAAGCGUGCCGAUAAAAUAAAAGCACUAGCUCAACAAAUGAACCUAACCUUACCCGAAGUGUUGGGCGACUCUGAAGAGGAAAUUUCCAAAAUUCUAGAAGAUAUCCAGGGUGUACUCAGCACGGAACAAACUAAAAUUAAUGAAACCAUUAGCCAACACGAUGUCGAAGAUCAGGAAAGGCAAACAAAAAUUGAUCAAUUGCGAGUUGAAGUUACCAAGUUACAGGAAUCUGUGGUCACAUUGAACAAACAAAAGAAGGCCUACGAAAAAGAGACGGAACAAAAUGAAAAGAAGAUAUUGGAAAUUGAAAAAUCCACUCAACAACUGAAAGUGGUUACGGCCAAAUUGAAGGAAACCGAAGAUUGUUAUGAAGAGACAUCGGCCAAGUUCAAUCAAAAUGAGCUACGCGAACAAAUCCAAAGUGAAAAGGAUGCCAUAAAGGAUCUGGAAACUCGCUUCCGCAAAACCGAUGAACGUUUGACAUUUUUGAAUUCAAUUUCCAAACUUGUAGCUGAGCUGAAUUUGAAAGAACAAGAACUCGAUAAUCGUGAAAAGGAAGUUCAACGCGUUAAAAGUAAGCACAGUGGAAAUUUCCGUAAAAUCUUCGAAGAGGGUAAAGUAGUGGAGGCAAAUUAUCAACGCCACGUGAAGGUUACUUAUGAGAAAUCGCGUCGUCAAAUCAAGGAAUAUAAUAAUAAAAUAAACGCCCUUAAACUAAAAGAACAACGUAUUGAAAUCAAACGCAAAUCCCUAAAGGAAGAGCUGCAAAAAGCCGAAAAAGAAUUGGAAGAUUGCAAAGAAACGAUAUUUGAAAAAUGUCGUAAUACCCCAUACGAAGAAUUGAUAACCAAAUCGAAAACAUUGUUAAAUAAAUAUCAAUUGGAAUUGGGUGCACAAAAAUCAGCGGAACUUUUCUAUAAGCAAUAUUUGCAGAAGAUUGAAGAUGAGCCGUAUUGUCCGUUGUGCCAGAAAGAUAUGACAACUACGGAGGCUUCUGGUCUAACAUCUGAAUUGAAUGAUAAAAUUGUCGAUUUACCACAAAAUAUUGAGAGGAUCGAAAAACAAUUGAAAGAAGAACAAAAGAAAUACGAAUCUUUGCUGCAAAUGAAGCCAACCAUAGAUCGUGUGGAAAAACUGCAAGAAGAGAUUCCCAAAAAGAAAGAGGAUUUACAAAAACUACAAGAUGAAUUGGCGGAAUGUAGCAAAGAAACGGAAACCAUACAGGGUCUGCUCGCUGAACCUACCGCCAAUAUGGAUUUGGCCAAUUCCAUGAUGGGUGAUAUGUCUCUACUGGAUGAAGCCAUUAAACAGGUGGCACGGGCAAAAGAUGAUAUUGUUAAGAUAAAAAAUAAGUUUCCCAAGGAUAACGCCGAUGAGAACGAAACCACCUCCAUUGAUGCGGUGCAAGCUGAAAAAAACGCCAUAUCCACAGAAUUGGAAGAGAAACGUAAACAAUUGGAACAAAAUCAACAAUACUAUGAGAAGAAUAUGGAUGCAUUGAAUAAAUUACGGGAUUUAAAGAACACUUUGAAAGAUCAACAAAUAAAAUUACAGGAGGGCAUACAAAGUUUACCCCAGCUUCAAGAGCGCCAAACGGAAUUACAAAAUCUUUUGGUAACAAUUGCUGUAGAGGCACAAGAAAAUCAAGCCAAGGUGGGACCGUUGAAAACUCAAUUGAAUACCGCCAUCAAAGAGAAAAGUCAAAACAAGGAAUCAAAUCGAGUUAAAGUCAAUCAAAUGCUUAUGAAAUUGGAUACAUUAAAGCGUAUGGAUCAAGAUAUACAAAGAUUACAUACGGAAGUUUUGGAUUAUGGUAAACUAGAUUUGGACCAUAAAUUGAAAACCUUUGAGGAGUCACUAAAAGGCAGCAAAGAGGAAUUACAAAAAUUGGCUGAAACCAUUGCCGAAAUGCAAACAAAACUGGAAGGUAUUAAACAAGAAUUAGCCAAUCAAGAAACAGCCGAUCGUGAUCUUAAAGAUAAUCGUGAUUUAAAAAUAUUACAACAAAAAUCGGAAGAAUUAAAUGCCACCUACAAUUCACUGGCCGAAGAAUUCAGUAAACUUGAUUUCACUACUGUAUCCAAGGAAAAAAAAGAACUAAAUUCGAAACGUGAAAAAAUCACUGUUCGCAAAGGUGAACUAUUGGGUCAGAGUGGUGAAAUUAAACAACAAAUACGCAAAUUAGAAAAAGAAUUGGCGGCGCCCAAGUAUCGCAAUUCAUUGAUGAAUUACAAACGUAUCUAUUACGAAGUCGAAGUAACACGCAAAGUUGCCAACGAUUUGGGUCAGCAUCGUGUUGCUCUCGAAUGGGCCCUCAUGCAAUUCCAUACGGAAAAAAUGAAAGAAAUUAAUCGCUUGAUUCGUGAAUAUUGGCGUUUAAUAUAUCGUGGCAACGACAUCGAUUACAUUCAAAUCCAAACGGAAGAGGGCAAGGACGCGUCGUCGUUGGAUAAACGUCGUAACUACAAUUACCGUGUCAUACAAUCGAAAAAUAAUUCCGAAAUUGAGAUGCGUGGCCGUUGCAGUGCUGGUCAACGGGUGCUGGCUUCACUCAUUAUACGCAUGGCCUUGGCCGAGACAUUCAGCAGCAAUUGUGGUGUUUUGGCCUUGGACGAGCCCACCACCAAUCUGGAUCGCAACAACAUUCUAUCACUGUGUGAUGCGCUCAAUCGAAUUGUCGAAGAACGACAGACACAAUCGAACUUUAUGUUGAUCAUAAUUACACACGAUGAAGCCUUCAUAUCGACACUGGGCAAAAUUAAUAAAUAUAAUCGUGUAUUCCGCAACGAUGAAUGUAAAUCGGUAAUACGUCAGGUGAGAGUGGCUUAA